CAUGGCUACGAUUUACGAGCUCACAGUUACGAAUUUAAGAAGGCAUCUUGAGGACAGAGAAUUAGCUAUCUACCGGAUUAGAAAUCUACCGGAAAAAAGGCUGAGUUAGUCCAACGACUAAAGAAGGCUUUUUUUUUCCAACGACUAAAGAAGAAGGCCAAGGAACAAAGUUUCUGACGAUAUUUCGAAAGUUUCUUCCGAUGUAGCCAAAGUUUCCUGUGAUAUCGCAUCAUUAGAGAACAAAGUUUCCGGCGACAUCGCUUCGUUAGAAAGCAAAGUUUCUAACGAGAUUUCUUCUCUGGAAAGCAAAGUUUCUGCCAACAUCUCUAAAGUCACCUCUGAGAUGUCUGCCCUCGAAGAUAGAAUGUCUUCAUUAAAAAACCAAGUUGCUGCCGAUAUGUUGGCCUUCGAAAAAAAUAGAUGGAAAGGAAGAUGGAGGGAACAGGAAUGGCAGAGAGAGGAAAUAAUCCAAUUACAGUAGAGACAAAAGAAGACGAGACAAAAUGUAAGUUGGAAACACGGCCGAAAUUUGAAGGAAGUGGAAGUUCCGUUCAUGUCAAAGUCCCAACUUUCGACGGAAAAUCAUCAUGGAACAACUACAUGAAACAGUUCGAAUCAGCUGCAAGAGCGAAUGGAUGGUCUGAAAAAGAAAAGGCUGUAAACCUGACUAUCGCUCUUCGAGGAGAUGCCUUAGAUGUGCUCUAGACCAUAGCCGUAGAGGAGACGGAUGAUUUCGAACAACUGAAGAAGAGGUUAAAUAUGCGAUAUGGCCACGAACACUUGGAGCAUGUAUAUCAGUCGCAGCUCAAAAAUCGAAGACAAAAGAAAGAUGAGGCUCUUCAAGAAUAUGAAGUAGAUAUCGCCAGAUUAGUGCGAUAUGCUUAUCCAACAGCUCCCGAAGACAUGAUGGAAAAGUUGGCCGUUCAAACGUUUAUUGAUAGUCUUCGUGAUCAUGAGAUGCAAAGAACACUACGAUUAGCUCGUCACAAGACGCUGAUGGAUGUCUUAUCUGCCGCCCUCGAAUACGAGUCAGCUACGCUAGCCUCUGGCGGGUACAGUAAAGUUAGAACUGUAAAAGAGGAAGGAGACGAAGAUAAACUUGACCAGCUCUUUAAUAUGAUAAAAAGCAUGACACACAAGAAAACGAAGACCAUAAGACCGAAGACAAAACCAGAACGCGUCGGCCUUAGGGGAGCAGCUUCGACCCAGAACUUUACCAAAGACCCUCUGAUACUAAUAGCUUCUUUGAAAUGUCGUGAAGAUAGUGUAUAUGUAGAUGGAGAAAUAAAUGGUAAAAAGCAUACGUUGUUGGUGGAUACUGGAGCGACCAGAACCAUUAUACGCCCGACAGUUAUAAACAGCCGAAAGAAACUGUUACCAACGAGGUUGCGACUUCGGACCGCCACAGGUGAAAAUGCCAACAUUCAUGGAGAAAUCCAGGUACAAUUAGGAAUUGGAGCAGAAAAGUUCGUCCAUACUGUUAUAGUUGCUGACAUCGAAGAGGAUGUUAUAUUAGGAAUGGACGUAAUGAAUACGCAUGGAUUCCAAUUGGAUUUUAAGAAUAAGGUAAUCAAAGUUGGUAACGAGGAGGUAUUUCUCCAUCCACAUGAUGACAACACUAUGCAAGCAGCCGUUAAAGAAGAUACAGUCGUGCCUGCGAGAAGUGAAACGAUAAUAGUAGCGCGGCUACAGGGAAUUGUGGACGAAGGAACACCUGUUAUGAUGGAGCCUUGGAAUCAUGACGACGAAGUUGGCCGUGGAAUCAUAAUUGGAAAAGAAUUAGUGACUUCGGCUAAAGAAAUUCCUGUGAGACUUAUUAAUGUCAAUGACUACCCAGUGACCAUCAAGAAAGAGACAAAAGUAGGAACUUGUGUACCUGUCACAUCCAUAAUCCGUCAGACGACAACGUCUGAUAAUUCCAACGAUAAAUUUGAUCAAAUGGUUGCGGUUGCUGGACGGUCUCUGAAUCAGAUUGAGAAAAGGAAAUUAAAGGAAUUUCUUCGGCAGUAUCGUGAUAUUUUCGUACCGAAAGGAGGAAAGACGGGAAGAACUACCGUUGUUAAGCAUAAAAUUGAUACUGGUAAUGCUAAGCCAAUUCGUCAAACAGCUCGACGAUUACCACAGGCGAAAAGAGAGGAAGCUGAAACGAUUGUUCAGGAAAUGAAGAAAGACGGGGUGAUAGAACCUUCUACGAGCCCAUGGGUCUCUCCGGUGGUCCUGGUUAAGAAGAAAGACGGAACAACGAGGUUCUGUGUGGAUUACCGUUUGCUGAACAACGUUACCAAGAAAGAUAGUUAUCCUCUGCCUCGGAUCGAUGACACAUUGGACACAUUGGCUGGAAGUAAAUUAUUUUCUACUUUGGACUUGAAGUCUGGAUACUGGCAGGUAGAAAUGGACCCGGUAGAUAAAGAAAAGACAGCCUUCACCACAGGAUCUGGAUUAUGGCAAUUCAACGUUAUGCCAUUUGGACUUUGUAACGCUCCUGCGACAUUUGAGAGGCUUAUGGAAAAUGUUUUGAGAGGGUUAUCUUGGAAAACAUGCCUAGUUUAUCUAGACGACAUAAUCGUCUUGGGGGAGACAUUUGAAGACCAUCUGAAGAAUUUAGAAAACGUUUUUAAUCGACUUAAAGCUGCCCAAUUGAUGUUAAACCCCAAGAAGUGCCAGCUAUUUCAAGGUAAAGUCAAUUAUUUGGGUCAUAUAGUCAGUAAAGAAGGAGUGGCCGUGGAUAAGGGAAAAAUCGAUGCUAUUAAGGAAUGGCCAAAACCAACUGACAAACACCAAGUGAGAAGUUUUCUGGGACUAUGUACUUACUACCGGAAGUUUAUUAAGAAGUUUGCAGAUAUCGCUAAACCAUUAACGCGACUUACAGAGGAAGCAAGAGAAUACCGCUGGGAUGUAGACUGCCAGAAUGCCUUUGAGACCUUAAAAAAGCAUUUAAUCACAGCACCAAUUUUAGGGUAUCCACUGCCAGAUGGAGAGUUCAUCUUAGAUACAGAUGCAAGUAAUGUGGGAAUUGGAGGAGUGCUGUCUCAGAUUCAAGGAGGACAGGAAAGAGUCCUUGGAUAUUUUAGUAAAGUUCUCUCAAAACCUGAGCGAAAUUAUUGCGUCACGAGAAGAGAACUUUUGGCAGUAGUGAAAUCAGUAGAGCACUUCUAUCAAUACCUCUAUGGAAGGAAGUUUUUAAUCCGAACCGACCAUGCCGCCCUUAAGUGGUUGAUGCAGUUUAAGAAUCCAGAGGGUCAGAUAGCCAGGUGGAUCGAACGACUCCAAGAAUAUGAUUUUAAGAUUGAGCACCGGGCCGGAGUUAGCCACCGAAACGCUGAUUCUCUUUCCAGAAGGCCAUGCCCAGCAGAGUGUUCUCACUGCAACAAAACGGAAUCCAAGGAAGCAGCAGUGCUAAGAACGACGGUGGUCCACGACGACUGGACGCCUACCAAGAUCAGGGAAGAACAAGAGAGAGAUCCGGUUAUCCAGAAAAUCCGAAAAUGGAAAGAGGAAAACCGUCGACCACCUUGGCAGGAAAUAUCGAACCUAGGCUCGGUAGUAAAGACGUAUUGGGCCCAGUGGGACUCAUUUAUCAUGGAAGAUGGCUUGCUCAAACGAGUCCUGGAAAAUGAUGACGGUUCAGAGAAGAGAAGACAGUUGGUGAUUCCAAAGAGCAGAAUAGCCGAAGUACUUCAUCAGUUACACGACAGUCCAUCAGGAGGGCAUUUUGGUGUGAAAAAGACCCUUCAGCGAAUUCGGGAACGGUUUUAUUGGAUGAACAGUUCCGACGAUGUAAAAGACUGGUGUAAGAAAUGUACUAUUUGUGCUACGAGUAACGGGCCUUAUCGAAAAAGGAGAGCUCCUAUGAGACAAUAUAAUGUUGGAAGCCCGUUUGAAAGAAUAGCUUUGGACAUUGCUGGGCCAUUUCCAGAAAGUGAUAAUGGAGGCAAGUACAUGUUGGUAGUAAUGGAUUACUUCACUAAGUGGGUCGAGAUUUACGCACUUCCAGACCAGAAGGCCGCCACCGUUGCAGAUAAGUUGAUCCAAGAAUAUAUCAGCCGAUUUGGAGUGCCUUUGGAGAUCCAUAGUGACCAAGGCAGGAACUUCGAAAGCGAUUUAUUCCAAGGAAUAUGUGAUAGACUAGGUAUGAAGAAAACAAGAACUACGGCUUAUCAUCCGCAAUCGGAUGGUAUGGUAGAACGAAUGAAUAGAACAGUUGGCAAGUAUUUGACAAAGGUGGUGUCCGAUCAUCAGCGAGACUGGGACCAAUAUCUUCCGUUCUUCACAAUGGCCUACAGAUCUGCUGUCAAUGAAUCAACAGGCCAGACACCAGCCAGAGUCCUAUUCGGACGCGAGAUGCGACUACCUUGUGAUCUAGAGUUUGGGUGUCGACCUGGAGAAGAUGUAGCAGGUGAAGAUUAUGUGAUCGAAUUACGAAGAAGAAUGGACGAUGUACACGAGUUGGUCCGUUCCCAUCUCCAAAUCGCUAGUGACCGAAUGAAGAAACGGUACGAUACACAAGUCGAAAAGGGGUGUUUUAAGAAGAACGAUAAAGUCUGGCUUUAUAACCCCAAAAAGCGAAAAGGUUGUUCUCCCAAAUUGCAGCAGUUUUGGGAAGGUCCAUACCUCAUUAUGGAGAAGAUCAAUGAUGUUAUUUACCGAAUAAGCAAGAUUCCGAGAGGAAAGCCGAUGAUAGUACACCAUAACCGGUUGGCGUCUUUCGAGGGUGACCACGACGUAGAUGAAGAAGUGGAAGUAAACCAAGUCCAAGAUGUGUCUGACCUCACGUUUGAGGAAUUCAUGGGUGCCUAUGGAGGUACCGGUAAAGCAAGACAUGGUGUUACCACUGAAGAAAGGCAAGAUCUACUCGCGCUUCCCGAUGACUACUCACUGGCCCUUACCAUCCCGGCCAGUAUCAAAGAUGCACCAGGGUUGGCAUCCGUCUUUCGAAGGAAGUUUGGUCGAGUUGCAGAACUUCAAUGCCAAGUGCCAGCUCCUGGUAAAACCUUGAAACUUCAAGAUGCAUCACGUUACCUUUUCUACCUGGUAACAAAAGACACUGCCCGUGACCAACCUACCUACCGACAUGUAUGGGAAGCCUUACUUCAGUUGAGAGAGCACGUACUAGAGUCCGACGUGCAAAAGUUAACCAUGCCAAAGUUGGAGUGCCGCCAAUUAGAUUGGAGGGUUAUACGAAAUAUGGUGGAGGAAAUCUUUAAAGACAUCGAAGUCCAGGUGUUAGUCUGUUGCAAUCCGCAUAGUUACUGGUGCGGAGAGAAAACCGUCCCUUGUCAUUUCUAUACAACUGGAAGUUGUAAAAGAGGGUCCAGUUGCCGAUAUCAGCAUGUCGUUCCAGUUCCAGUCCCGACAAGGUUCCAGGAGGAACCAUCUUUUAAGAGGGGGGCAAUGUUACGAUUUUAA